AGACAUUAAUCGUGUGACAGUUGUGACAGCGUAUUCUAACCAAAAACGUGUUUUAUCUUAUAAUAUUUUUCCUCUUAAAAAUUAGUGCAAAUAAGCGUGCUUACGUAAUCCAUGCAGUUAAUUAAUGGGCUUAACCAAACGCGCCUAAUGCAGAAAAUCGUAUCGGUGUCGAAUCACGCCAGUGCUAAUUUUAAUAUGUUGAUGUCAAUGAUUACACCAACAUAAAAACUUGUAUAAACAUUCAAACACAACUAGCAUGUAGUAAACAACCAUCGCGUAAGUCUUUGUAAAUACACUUCCACAACGUAAUGGGUGUCUGCUGGUGUAAAGAAAAGCACGAAGAACAUGACACUUAUGUUCCUCAAACACAUAGUAACACUACAAUACAACCGGUUUCACCAGUAGCCCCCCAGUAUUACAUUCGAGUCAAAGCCCCAGACCCGCAACUCGUCGAUAAACUCGUCCUGGAAACUCUAGGGGUCAUUGCUACACUAGUAGACAAUGAACAGGACCCACCCCCGUCAAUGCUGCUCCUACACAACAUUGCUGAUAACGAGGAAGGCUUCAUCCAAGUUGCCAAAUCGAUGAUUAAAGUCGUGCCCUUAUCAGAUCCUCUAGGACCGUCAAUUAUCACAUUGUUGCUCGACGAUUGUCCAUUGCCUUCAAAAGAAUCAGUAUUUAAGGUCGUCGACAUGUUGAAUGUGUCACGGGAGUCGGCAAUAGCCGGGAGAUCGAAUCCUUCAAAAGAGAGGAAUAUUUGUGUAGUUUUAGGGUGCAUAGCGGAGACGUUAGCUGGUCCAAGGAAUUUAAAAAUAUUAAACGAACACAUGUUAGACUAUUUAUUAACUAAUUUGGAGCCUGAAACUGACCCAAAUGUUGUCCUAUUCUCAUUGAUAGCUUUAGAAAAGUUCGCCCAGUCUAGUCAAAACAAAUCAACAAUAAUGAAACGGUUGCAAGUCUUGAACCCUUGUCCGAUAAAUGCAUUGGAAAAGUGGCGUAUCGAGAGUCACUACAUCAAAAGACAAGUCGGUUUCUGUGCUCAGUGGGUCUUGGACAAUUUAUUCGUGAUGAACAAUCGUAAAUAUUCCUACUUGACCGUCAAUAUGGAGAACAUAAACGCCAUGUUAAACACCAGCGACGUCAGUGAAUACCUCAAGAUAUCACCGGAUGGUUUAGAGGCCCGAUGCGACGCCUACUCCUUCGAGAGUGUCCGUUGUACGGCACAGGCUGAUUCAGGAGUGUGGUACUACGAAGUCUGCAUCAUAACACCGGGAGUUAUGCAGAUUGGAUGGGCGACCAAAAAUAGCAAUUUUCUAAAUCAUGAGGGUUACGGUAUCGGCGAUGAUAAAUAUUCGCUGGCUUAUGACGGUUGUCGCAAACUAAUUUGGUAUAAUGCGAAAUCUGAGCCCCAAAACUUGCCCCCAUGGCAGUCUGGGGAUAUUCUGGGCUGUUUUCUCGACUUGAAUACGCCACAAGUAAUUUUUUCUAUAAACGGUAUGAGGUUACCACCAUGUACUCAUGUGUUCACUAUGGCUCAAUCUGGUUUUUUUGCCGCUGCUAGCUUUAUGUCAUUCCAACAAUGCCGGUUUAAUUUUGGGGCGGAGCCUUUUAGGUUUGCGCCCUCUGGGGAGUUUUCCACCUUCAACGAUCAGGGCGUUUUAAAGCCUGAGGAUAAAAUAGUGAUGCCAAGGCAUAUUUUUUUGGAUCAGUUAAGGCAACAGAAUAUUAGGGAGGAUAGUUGCACGCUUUGUUAUGAUAAGAAGGCUUCAGUGCGGCUGAUUCCUUGCGAGCAUUCGGGUUUUUGUCCGUCGUGUGCAAAUCAGUUGGUAGAAUGUCCCAUGUGUAGAGCGCCCUUCGAAUUGGUGGUAGAAGAAAAUCCCUGACAAUUAAACUGCGAAUAGGAGACAUAAUCAAUUAUUUUAAUAGUGUAUUUUUGUACAAAUUUGUUGACUUUUUUAAUAGACACGGGUUUAUUGUUUAGGUUCUAGAAGGUUGUAUUUAUUUAAGUAGGUUUUAUUGCAGACUUUAGUCCCAAGUUGUUAAUAUUUUUGUAAAAUGAAUCAACUUUAUUUUAGUAGUUAGGUGUAAUCAAUUUUAAUUUGACAAUAACAAAUCAGGUGAUGUGUCAAAAAAAGCAUUAUCUUGGAUUAUUUUAUUUAAAGAAUUUAUAUAUUCAUGUUAUUAAAUAAUUAUUUUAAAGUUAAAUAUAGAAAAUACUACAUGACUAUAUUUUAAUGUUGAAAUAAAAGUACUGCUUUAAGCAUAA